AUGGCAAAAAGAGUUCGAGAAAAUGGCAAUGGGGAUGCGAAAAAUGCAAGGCCGAAAAUUGGUGUGGGCAAGAAGCUAAUCAUCAAUGCCUUCGUUGAGAUGUGUAGUGGUCAUCAGUCGCCAGGCUUGUGGAGACACCCUGACGAUCAUUCGCAUGAGUUCAACGAUGUCGAGCACUGGGUAGAGCUUGCGAAGCUGCUCGAGAAAGCCAAGAUCCAUGGCAUCUUUGUGGCCGACGUGCUUGGUGGAUAUGAUGUUUACAACGGCAAUCUUGAUGCUGCAAAAACAUCAGGAGCACAAUGGCCAGUCAACGAGCCUUUGGCUGUUGUAAGCGCAAUGGCUGCAGUGACCAAGAGCAUUGGGUUCGGUGUGACUGUUUCGACAACAUAUGAACAGCCAUACCAUCUUGCUCGGAGGCUAUCGACUAUCGAUCAUCUUUCCAAGGGGAGACUAGGUUGGAAUAUCGUGACAAGCUAUCUUGACUCCGCCGCACGUAAUAUGGGUAUGAGAGAGCAAUUACCGCACGACGAGCGCUACGCCCAGGCUGAGGAAUACGUAAAGGUCAUGUACAAGCUUCUGGAAUCAUCCUGGAGAGACGAUGCGGUUGUUUUGGAUCGGAAGAAGGGCGUAUAUACGGUGCCUGAUCGAGUGCGCGAGAUCAACCACGAAGGGAAGUAUUUCAGUGUGCCCGGUCCUCAUAUUUGCCAACCUAGCCCACAACGCACACCUCUGAUUCUCCAGGCGGGUGCAUCGAAAGCAGGUAAGAGCUUUGCAGCUCAGAAUGCAGAAGCAAUCUUUGUUUCCGCUCAUGCGCCGGAGGUCUGUGCAAAGAAUGUCGCAGAAAUUCGGCAGAUUGCUUCAUCACAAUUCGGUCGGGAUGGAAAGAACAUCAAAUUCCUUGCUCUUGUAACUCCUAUCAUCGGUCGCACCGAAGAAGAGGCCCAGGCCAAGCUUGCAGAUUAUCGAAAGUAUGCGUCUUUGGACGGUGCGCUGGCACUAUUUUGUGGUUGGACUGGGAUUGACCUUGGGAAGUAUGGAGACGACGAGGAACUGCGACACGUGGAGAGCAAUGCUGUGCGGUCUACUGUUGAGGGCUAUGCUCGCUUUUCCCCUGGAACCUCCAAAUGGACGAAACACACAGUUGCAGAACACGUGAGCAUCGGCGGAAAUGGACCUAUUCUUGUUGGUACACCAUCGCAGGUGGCAGAUGGACUGCAAAUUUGGAUUGACGAAGCUGACAUCGACGGUUUUAACAUGGCAUACGCUCUCUUCCCAGGGUCCUUCAAGGACGUCAUUGAGUUGUUACUUCCAGAGCUCAAAAAGCGGGGGUUAUUCUGGGAUGAUUACGCUGUGCCCGGUGGCACUUAUCGGGAAAAUUUCUAUGCGAAGAAGGGACAGAAGGAUUACAUGAUGGCGCCAAGCCCUGUCUUACCCAACUCGGUCAAACCAACCCCUGCUGGGCCGGAAUUAACACCAUCACGACGCGUAGCACAGCUUACGGAACACCUCGUGCCAUCGGGAGGCAUCGAACAGGCUGGAGCUCAGACUGCCACGCCAAUUCCAUACCCAUCUUCGAAGUUGAAGUUGAACCCGACCCGCUGCAUCGAUAAUAUAAGGAAGGUCAGCGUCGCAGUCAUCGGUGCCGGCAUAUCUGGUCUCAAUGCUGGCAUCCUUUUGCCUGCCAAAGUACCGGGUAUUGAAUUAACCAUUUUCGAGAAAAACAACGAUGUCAGCGGCACGUGGCUUGAAAAUGUCUAUCCUGGUGUGCGAUGUGACAUUCCAGCCCAUGUAUACCAAGCAACAUACUCACCCAAUACUCAGUGGUCCGAAAUCUUUGCACGAGGUGCCGAGAUUCGCGACUAUUGGCAGGCACAGGCUAGAAAACACGACGUCUACAGAUACGUCAAGCUUCAGCAUCGCGUUGACGAAGCAGAAUGGGAUGAUACGCAUUCCAAUUGGCGGGUGACAGUACACAAUCUCAAAGAUGGGACUACAUCAACGCACAGUUUUGAUUUCGUCAUCACCGCCAUUGGCCGAUUCAACCAGUGGAAGUUGCCCGAUUAUCCGGGCCUGGACGACUACCAAGGCCAUUUGAGGCACACAUCGAACUGGGAUGUCUCGUUUGAUCCGACAGAUAAGAAAGUUGCUGUGAUCGGAAAUGGAGCAAGUGGUAUACAGGUCGUGCCGAAUCUGCAGCCCGUUGCAAAACACGUCACUCACUUCGUUCGCAAUCCAACGUGGAUCGCAACAUCGUGGGCAGGCGACGAGCGAACUUUUGAACCUCAGCCAUACACCGAGGAGCAGCGCAAAGCUUUGGAAGAUCCCGAGACAUAUUUAGCCUUCCGGAAAGAUAUGGAAGAUAGAUACUGGAGACGAUUUCGAGCCAUGAUCCGUGGGACGACUGAGAACCAAGGCAUGCGGGAGCAAUUCAUUGAAGUUAUGAAAAAGCGGGUAGCGAAGAAGCCCGAAUUGCUUGACGGAUUAAUACCAGAUUUCGCACCCCACUGUAGGCGACUGACACCGGGCCCUGGCUACUUGGAGUCUCUCACUGAAGACAAUGUGGAACUUGUCAAGACAUCCAUCAAGCGUUUUACACCUGGAGGCAUUGAAACGGUCGAUGGCAGGACAUUCGAUUUUGACGCGAUAUUCUGCGCGACUGGUGCCAACACCGACCUCGUUCCACCAUUCUCGAUCAAGGCGCGAGGGAUAGAUCUACACGAAGCCUGGAAGCCUGGGGGUAAAUGGGGAUUCCCAUAUACAUAUUUUGGUCUGGCUGCGCCUGGUUUCCCCAAUUUAUUCUUCCUAGCUGGACCGCACGCUACUGGUCCUUCGGGUACAGUACCGCAUGGCGUGGAGACUUCGCUCGCAUACUUCGCGCAAGUCUUUCGCAAGGUUUCUUCGCAAGGUUACAAGUCUAUAGUGCCAUCUAAGGAGGCGACAGACGACUUUGUCGAUUAUAGUGAUGCUUUCUUCCCAACUACAGUCUUGACUGACAGAUGCUCGUCUUGGAACAACGGUGGAGUUGCUGGACAGCGCAUCCAUGGCUUGUGGCCUGGUUCAGCUGCGCAUUUCACCAUUGCCAGACGUGAGCCACGUUGGGAGGACUUUGAGUUCGAACGUGAACAUAAGGGCAAUCGCUUUGCCUACUUUGGCAAUGGUUACACUGAAGCAGAGCUAGACGAUUCGACUGACUUAACCUCAUAUCUCAGGGCUCCUGGCCAAGAAGUAGAUCUUAGAGAUUUGCAUGAACGCUGGUGGGAUGUUCCAGGUGCAGAAAAGAAGCCAUAG